AUGUCAGGAUUCAAGCUGUACACCAACUCUCACAAGCGCAUCUGGGACUUCCUCCACAAGGAGAUCGAACGGCACAAGAGAACCCGUAAGCCAGAAGCUCCCAGGGACGUUAUGGACGUAUACCUGAACGUCCUUGAGUCUUCCGAUACGCAUCCAGAGAGCUUCAGCGAAGACCAGCUAUUGGCCACAUGCAUGGACAUGUUCAUGGCUGGUUCGGAAACCACCAGCAACACGUUAAGCUUUUGCUUUCUGUAUUUGAUUCUGAAUCCGGAGGUGCAGGUGAAAGCUCAAAAGGAAGUCGAUGCUGUGGUGGGGAAGGAUAGAAUGCCAUCAUUGGAUGACAGACCUAAUUUACCUUACGUUGAAUGCGUGGUGAUGGAAUCUCUACGGAUGUUCGGAGGACGAGCCUUCACUGUUCCUCACAGAGCUCUGAGGGAUACUUCUUUAUCAGGAUAUCACAUACCUAAGUCUGGGGACUGUGUGGUUACUUCUAUUCACUCCUCUCUAACGAAUCCUGGCACUCAGAUAAGGAUCACUGUGUUGUCCCUGCAUAUAGCUCUUCCACGUUUCGUGAGCGUGUCCUUCAGACUUGGUUUGUUAGAGGCUGUUUACUCAUCCUUAUUGAGAAAUCUGCAUAUUGAUUCAUUCAAAAAGAUACCGAAUUCCUUGGAGAGCAGUAGCCUGAGAGUAAUCCAUUUCCAACCUAACCUGCCCUAUCCAGGAAAAGAUCUUCUGUUCUUGGGCAGCCCUAUUUUGACAACCAAUCCGAUCUUCAGUCGGUUGGGAUCAAAAGCCUGA